AAUUCUUUAAGAAAUAUGGUAAAUAAAAUUAAAUUUAUUUAUUAUUUAGCUGGUCAACCAACCACCCCAAUUGGUACAACAAGUACAGCAGUGGCCAUCCCAGGAACAGCAGGUCCAUCUUUGGCAACUGUGGCCCCACCAACAGAUCCCCCACAUUUCCAAUGCCCACGAAGGCCGAACUUGGGCCGGGAAGGUCGGCCAAUCGGCCUCAGAGCAAACCACUUCCAAAUCACAAUGCCCAGAGGUUUUGUUCAUCAUUACGACGUCAAUAUACAACCAGACAAAUGCCCGAGAAAGGUUAAUCGCGAAAUAAUAGAAACAAUGGUUCAUGCAUACACAAAAAUCUUUGGGACAUUAAAACCGGUCUUUGAUGGUAGAAAUAAUUUGUACACUCGGGAUCCAUUGCCANAAGAUUUUCUGUUUUACCAGACAGGGAAUUUGCCUUUGUCGAGGAAGCCGUUGGUCGAAAAUUUAAUUAGUACCGAAAACCGUUUUCAG